AUGCUUGACCUGUUCAUCUCGACGACGCCUUCUACCCAGAAUGCGAAGGAUCUGUCGAAUCCGUUGACGCCUUCCACGCCUUCCACGCCUUCGACCGAAGCUACGGACGAUUCGUCAACCCCGACAUCUCCUUCUACUGAGUCAGUUCGCAGCAUCCUCUUAAGACAAGGCUCAGACUGGUCGACCACGUCGACCGAUUCAUCGAAGAGCCGAGUGCGCUUCCAUCUCGAUCCGCAUCCUCGCGAGGCCUGGAUGGCAGAGAGAGAAGCAGAGAGAAAGUCUCAAAGUAAGACAAAGGGAAACGGACACCUCCACGAGGCCGUACCUCGUCAAGGAGCUGGUCGCCGCCUCCUCGGCUUGAUCGGGAUCAGCGGUCUUUAUGCCAGGAGGAAAGCCUCAAAUGUCAUCCCCGUGGUGGAUGAAAAGGAAAUCUUAGCCAAAAGACAGCGGGCGCACGAGCGCCGGGAGCGUCGUCGUAGGGCUCGAAGCGCAAAAGACGUCAAGCGUGAACGCUUUACCCCAAACGAUCCGGUACCUCUCGAUGUCAGGCCGUAUGAGUACCGGAGGGACCAGAUCAUACACAAGACGGAAAUGCUUCUCUGGGAAGGGGCGUGGGUGAGGUCACGCAUUACAGCGCCCCCGAAAUUAUCCUUCAACGAAAUGGUUCAACGGGACGUGAUCGAUAAAGGUCACCUCCCACGUAUGAAACCGAGGGUGUGCGGUCAGGAUCAUUGGACGGAAAGGUGUUCUCUGGACUACGACUGCGAUAGGUGUUUCCCCCUCCCUUACCUUGUGGAAGGAGAAGACCUUCCCUAUUUCGAUGCCCUCAAUUACCACCAAACCAUCCAUUACUUCGACGCGCUCGAAUACAUCGAGGACAUCCUCCCACAGAUCGUCGACGAAGACGAUCUUCCUUUUUUCGACGCGCUUGCUUUUCCCCCAGGUGAAGGAACCCUUGCUUGUAUCGUAGGCGAAGACGGCCGAUCGUCAUAA